ACUCCAGCCUCCCACUUAUGGCUGCAUCCCCAACUUCAAGUUCGCAUGGCUGCAUGAGUUUAUCCAAAAUAAGGCUAGCUUAGCUUAAACCAACUCUUUGUCUAGCCCUCUCUUUGUUUAGGCGUAUAGAUCAUGUCUGCAGGUCUAAACUCAGAAAGGGAUGUCAAUCCUAGCCAAUCCACAACAGAGAAAACACUAGCAGAUUUUGAUCCUGUAAAGAAACAAAAGGGAAACAAAUUUGCUUUUGCUUGCGCAAUCCUAGCUUCCAUGGCUUCAAUCUUACUUGGUUAUGAUAUCGGAGUAAUGAGUGGAGCCAAGGACUACAUCAAAAUUGACCUUAAACUCAGUGACACGCAAGUAGGAUUACUUGUGGGAACUCUCAACUGGUACUCUCUUGUUGGCUCAGCCGCUGCUGGCGUGACCUCUGACUGGAUUGGUCGUCGAUACACUAUUGUGGUGGCAGGAGCCAUUUUCUUUGCUGGAGCUCUACUCAUGGGAUUUUCCACAAAUUAUGCAUUUCUCAUGGUUGCUCGCUUUGUUGCUGGUAUUGGUGUCGGUUUUGCCCUCAUGAUUGCCCCUGUUUACACCGCUGAAGUUUCGCCAGCUUCUUCUCGUGGAUUUCUCACCUCAUUUCCAGAAGUAUUCAUCAAUGCUGGGAUCUUACUAGGAUAUGUAUCCAAUUAUGCUUUCUCUAAGCUCCCAACUAACUUAGGUUGGCGAAUCAUGCUUGGAGUUGGAGCAAUUCCUUCAGUUUUCUUAGCUUUGGUUGUUAUAGGCAUGCCCGAGUCUCCACGUUGGCUAGUCAUGCAAGGUCGACUCGGUGAUGCUAGGAAAGUUCUUGACAAAACCUCCGACACUAAAGAAGAAUCUCAACAGAGAUUGUCAGACAUAAAAGAAGCCGCCGGAAUCCCUCAAGAUUGCAACGAUGACACUGUCCGUGUGCAAAAAAAAAGUCACGGCGAAGGUGUUUGGAAAGAAUUAUUCAUUCAUCCCACACGUCCUGUUCGUCACAUCCUGCUUUGUGUGACCGGUAUUCAUUUCUUCCAACAAGCUUCAGGAAUAGACGCGGUCGUUUUGUACAGCACCAACAUCUUCGAAAAGGCCGGAAUCACAUCAUCCAAUGAUAAAUUACUGGCAACUGUAGCGGUUGGAUUCACCAAGACCGUUUUUAUCUUAGUGGCCACAUUCUUACUAGAUAGGAUCGGGCGACGGCCGUUGCUCUUAAGUAGUAUUGGGGGUAUGGUACUAUCCCUAGCAACCCUCGGACUCGGGCUGACAAUAAUUGAUCAUUCACAUGAGAAACUACCAUGGGCAGUUGCCUUAUCAAUCGCUAUGGUGUUAGCUUUUGUUGCAUUCUUCUCCAUAGGAAUGGGACCGAUACCUGGGGUUUAUAGUUCAGAGAUUUUCCCGUUGAGAUUACGCGCUCAGGGGAUAGGUAUGGGAGUGGCCGUGAAUAGAGUGACAAGUGGGGUAAUAACUACAAUUUUUAUUAUGCUCUACAAGGCUAUAUCUAUUGGUGGGGCCUUUUUCCUGUUCGCAGGAAUUGCAACAGUGGCUUGGGUAUUCUUUUUUGCAUGUUUUCCUGAGACACGAGGAAGAACCUUGGAGGACAUGGAAGUGCUUUUUGGUAAUUUUAUCAGGUGGAGGUCUGUUUUAAAGGAUGGGAAAAAGGAGGAGGAAGUUCACGGUGGAAAUGAUGGUCAAGUCCAGAUGGGAACUAAAGCUUAAGAAUAGUGUGAUAAAUGUAUCUCUUCUUCUUCUUCUUCUUUUCUCAAGAUGUUAGAUUAGUUUUUUCUUUCCUUCUUUUUUUAACAAGGAUGGGAGAUCACUGGAGCAAAAUAACGCUUGAGAUGGUGUGAAGAUGAGAAGCUUGUGGACGUUCAUGGAAAAGAAGAAGAACAAAAAUCAGAUAUCCAAUGAAUCGAAAAGAUAAUAUAGUGAAUAUCCCUUCUUCUUUUUAUCUUAAA